AAGAGAUUUCGCAAUCUUCUCCUCUCCAUGUUCCAAACAAAAACACACAGAGCUACCACAGACGGAAUUUAACUUCAACUUUCUUCGAUUACUUUUAACACUUUGACGGAUGGUUGACCCCACCGCCGCCCCGUGAAGGCUCCACUGAGAAGAGGAACAGAUCCUCUGCUUCCUGUUAUCGAUUCAUCUCUAUACCUGAGGAGACUCAGAGAUCAGUACUUGCAGGCAGCACAUCCAAAUGAGCCGGCCGUCGCAGGCGAAACUAAACACAACUGACCACAACGGCGUGAGCGUCAUCCAGAGUCAGGCCCACGCCACCACUUCCUCCUCGUCCCUGCCGGCAGCUGUAGCCGGACUGCAGCAGGUCCCUCAACUCAUUCCAGCAAACCCUUCAGCAGGAGGUGGAAAAUCCCUCCCACCCAGCAAGAUGAAGAAGCCUCCUGCAGACAAGGACAGCGAGGAGUACCGCCAGCGACGCGAACGCAACAACCUGGCGGUGAAGAAGAGCCGCAUGCGCAGUAAGCAGAAGGCGAUGGACACACAGCAGCGAGUUAAUGAGCUGAAGGAGGAGAAUGAGCGGCUGGAGGCCAAGAUCAAACUGCUGAGCAAAGAGCUGAGCGUGCUCAAAGACCUCUUCCUGGAGCAUGCCCACAACCUGGCUGACAACGUCCAGCCGCCAACAGGCACUGAGGGCGCCAGUCCUGCCCCCAACAAUGCGUCCACAAAUGGGCAGUGAAGGGAAGAGCCACAUGAACAUUGGAUUGAGUCGGCUGCAGCUUUUCUGAAAAUUUCUCUGUGUGAAAAAUGGAGUCACAUCUUAUUAAUCCAGUUACUUUUUUCUCAUUUAAUCUCCCCUUCCAUUCAUCAAAUGUCCAUCAGAGUUCCCACAGUCCUCUUGGAAAACUUGUUGCCAACUUUUUUUGGAAAAUCGUACAGUUCCAUUAACAUAUCUCAUGGCUUUUACAAAAUGUUUGAAUCCAGUUAGAUUUCUAACAAGUGUUUUUAAUCAGUUACAGUUUGUAUCAGUAUGGAGGUUAUUUUUGUAAUCACAUCUCAUUCAAAUCAGUAAAGGAGAAAUCAACAAAGCAGACUAUCAUCAUGGGAGAAAUCAAACAGAUUGAACAUGUUGAUAUAUUGGUUGGAGGAGUGAGAGGUGAUCCCACGAACUGAGACUUUGUCUGAAGAGGAUUCACUCACUCGGCGUCAGGAGGAACCAGGAGACACCCGUUUCCCCUUCCUGUCGGCUCCUUUUAAAGUCAGAUGGGGGAUGUUUGACUCACUCUUUGCACCACUGCAGUGCAGGAUGAAGAUGUAAAUUAAUAAGAUUCCCUUUUAUAGGAUGUGUAUUUUCUUCAGUUACUAUAAACGAGUUUUUAAAAUGUCUAGUUAAGAAAACCUGGGGAGAGAAUUUUUUGGUAAAUUGACUACAUGUCAGUGUAAAAGGACACUUCUGGUGAUCAGAGUUUCUGCCAUCCAUUUUAUUUCAAUGCUCAGUAUCAAUACUGAACAAUGCAUUUUAGUUUGCAAAGUAUCAAUCAACGUAGAGGGUGAAACUCAGAAAUCACAGAAUUGUCCUUUGCAUAAUGUCCUUCAAAUGUUUGUUUCUGAGUCAGUCGUUUGAGUUUUAUUUCACUGUCCUGGUCACUGGUUUAAUCUGAGGCUGAUGCAUCUGCAGCUGAACACAGUUUCAGUUCUGCUCUAUACAUCUGUUGCAGACCCUACAGGGAACAAAAAGUUAAUACUACAAUCAAUCUGACUUUUAUUGGUGAUACAUCUUUUUAAAAUACCUCAAUGUCCAUCCUGAUGCACCAGACUCUUAAGUGAAAAAAAUCCAAAAUUGUUGAUGAUGUUAAAUUAUAAAGGUGAAGUGUUAUCCAUCUAUCACUAACUGAUGUGAUGAUUAAAAAAUAGAAUGAAAGAUGAACCAGGUAAAGCUUUAGGAAUGGCUCCAGUUGAUCAUGUAGUGUUCUCUGCACAUUGUCUAAAGAUUCAAGUUUGUGUUUGGGGAAAAAAGACUGAACUGCAAGACUCCGUUAAGUCCCACCACCCAUCACCUCUACCUGGCGGUGCACGCUAGUCCAGACAGUCGUAGGUGUUCGUGGUUGGGGUCUGACUCAGACACCUUUUGUGUCAGACACUUAAGGCAAGCUGCAGCUUGACUUAAAUCCAGUUUUAAACGGGGCAGGGUCUUUAGGCGGCCCCUAAUGAGUUUUGAGCAGAUCUGGACAGGCACCUCCACCACAGCCGCAGCCCUCGCCCCUCAAACAUGCUGCAAAGAGGGGUGGGGCCACUCCUGGCCUUGUUGUCAGACUUCAUAAUUAUGUGAGCUUUGUGUGGGCUUGGAGUGUUUGUCUAUUAGAAGCUUCACCUCUGUCUGUCUGAGUCCUACUGCCGCAGAGACGCUCAGCCAAGAGUUCCUCAUUUCUACAACAUUACCACAACAUUUCUAUCAGGCUAGGAGGCUGUCGGCUCUGAUCACGACGCAUCAUCUUAAAAGUUGAAUUUGGAUAUUUCUAACGUGUUUUUACAGCAUUUUAUACUUUUAUUCCCAUGUCCAAAAAUCAAACAAGUUGUAAUCGGCUGUUUGAAUUGGAAACAGUAUAACACUGAGAAGUACAAGCUCUCACUUUGUAUGAGCUAUUGAAUUAUUUAGUUUCUCUAAAUUCUAUACUGCCCAUGAAUCUCAGCUGCAAACUUUUAACUUCAAGUCUUAAUAUCUUUACAGCUCCUACACUUAAACUAAAACAGGAGAUUGCAUUUGAUUUUUUAGAACCUCAGCAAUUUUGCAUAGACAGCAACAAACGAUUACAAUCGUAGUCACAUGAGAAUAAAGAUACAAGCAAAAGCAUUUAAGGGUCUGCAUGUAUUAUUGAAAUCCUUAAAUGAAAUCCUUGGUGUCAUAUUUGUCACUCCUGACCUGUUUUUUACAAAAAGUUCUCCAACCUCUAAAGAUUUUAAUUGGACUUUUGGAAAUCUUCAAGUAAAUUUUUCAGAUUUAGAAAUGCCCCUCCCCCUUUUCUCAAACACUACAUGAAUGCAGAGCUGCUGUUGCCUCUGAAAAUAAGCCAAAUUCUCGCCGUAAGCUGAUUUAAAGUGCUUCAAUUUAUUUAGCUGGCUGUUAGAGAAAUGCACCAUGGAAGUUGUAGUUCUGUUCCACCUGACAGUUGUUUUUUUUUUUUUUUGUUCAAAAAGCCAUCAAGAAAAAGUAUUUCCUCACUCUCAUCCGUUGUUUGAGAAACAGAUUUUGGUAUUUCUCUACAGUUUCACCCUUAAAAGAAAAAUGUGAUGUUUUGGUUGAACAUUUCUUUAAUAUUUGGAAAAUAAUAUUAACAAGAGAAAAAAAAACAUCUCAGAUCUUGUCAGUAAGUUAAAGUUGUUGGAAAUGUGUUGUAAUGUUGUGGUAACCAUGCACAGUCUGUAUCUUUUUCACUUUUCUAUUGUUUUUAUCUACACUUCUAUUCCAAAAGCAGCAUGUUUAUAGAGACGUCUUUGCAUGAUUGAGGGGAGGGGGGUCACUAUGUGUGUCUGCUAAAUGUUAACUGCACUCAGAGAAGAAGUAAAGUUGUGUUUGUGGAGUGAAUCAGGAAAUGGAUUGUUCUCUUCUUGGGAUGUUUGUCAUCCUCUGCUUCGGUCUGAAUGUUGCUGGGCAGCAUUUCUCUGUUGACACUCAGCUUUUUUAUAUAUCAGAGGAAUCUGGGCUUACGUGCAUUCUAAAUUAAAGUUGAAUAUAAAACUUCAA